GAUGGAGACGCAUUCCGUCGGCAUUCGUUGAAUCGUGCCUGCGUGUAGUGGACGGGCCCGGACGGUGCGCAGUAUCCAACCGGAACGGAAAUCACAUUUUGCUAUUCACGAUCGCAGUGUAACGCACUGCACGUUUUGGGCAUCAUGCUGGCGAUAAUCGUAAGCGGUGUAGCGUUGCUAGUGUCGAUCGCUAUUUGGUGGACGGUGGCAAAUUUUGGCAGCGCGCUACGGUACGCCGGUAAACUUGGUGGACCCGUGGCAUACCCACUGGUGGGUAAUGGGUUACUGUUUAUCAACAAAACUCCCGCCGAGUUCCUUCAACUGCUCGGGAAGCUGAUCGGACAGUAUGGCAAAUGUUUGCGUGUUUGGCUCGGUACACAGCUGAUCGUGCUCGUUACCGAUCCGAAGGACAUUGAGGUACUGCUGAGCAGUCCAAAGUACAUAGAAAAAUCCAGCGAGUAUGACUUCAUCCGUCCAUGGUUGGGUGAAGGGCUGCUAAUAAGCCGCGGUCGGAAGUGGCAGACGCGUCGGAAAAUCAUUACCCCAACGUUUCAUUUUAAAAUUUUGGAACAGUUUUUGGAAAUAUUCGACCAGCAGGGUAAUACGUUCGUCGACAUACUGCGUCUGUUUGCCAAAUCGGGCGAAACGUUCGAUGUGUUCCCGCUGGUGACGCUGUGUGCACUGGACGUGAUAUGUGAAUCGGCAAUGGGAACUAAGGUGAAUGCGCAAAUCAACUCAGAAUCUCAGUAUGUGAAAGCAGUUAAGGAAAUCACCAACUUAAUACAAGUUCGUAUCUACGACUUUGUAAUAAGGUACGAGUUCUUCUUCCGCCUUUCUGCCAACCGGCGAAGGCAACGGAAAGCGUUAGCCAUCCUUCACGGCUACACGGAUAGCGUGAUCCGCGCAAGGCGUCAGGAACUGAAUGAAACAUUGACCGUGGAUAAGGCAAACGAUGAACACGACGAUCCGAUAGGGUUGAAGAAGAAGAUGGCAUUUUUGGAUAUGUUGCUGCAAGCGACGAUCGAUGGUCGUCCGCUGACGGAUCUGGAGAUACGUGAGGAGGUGGAUACGUUCAUGUUUGAGGGACAUGAUACGACGACAUCGGCCAUCAGCUUCAUAUUGCUAUGUAUGGCGAAAAAUCCCGAAAUUCAGGAGAAAGUGUUCAACGAGGUACGCAAUGUUGUGGGUGAUGAUCGCAAACAACCUGUUACCAUGGCGAUGUUGAACGAUAUGCAUUAUCUGGAUCUGGUGAUCAAGGAGACGCUCCGGUUGUACCCAUCGGUACCGAUGUUUGGAAGGAAAAUGUUACAAAAUACCGAAAUUAAUGGUAAAAUAUUCCCCGCUGGUAGCAAUGUGGUGAUGUUUCCGUUCUUCCUGGGACGCGAUCCCGAUUACUUCCCGAACCCGGAAAAGUUCGAUCCGGAGCGAUUCAACGUAGAAACGUCGGCCGAAAAGACAAACCCCUACCAGUAUGUACCGUUCAGUGCGGGACCACGGAAUUGCAUCGGGCAGAAGUUUGCGGUAGCGGAACUGAAAAGCCUUACCAGCAAAGUGUUGCGCAACUUUGAGAUACUACCAUCGGAAGAACCGCACGAAGAAACGUUUAUUGCGGAGCUUAUACUGCGCCCGGAACGUGUUUCGUCGCGAUCGUGAUCGAGAUUUAAGCGUGUGAAUUUGAAUGUUUUUUCUUCCUCAGAAUUUCUACGCAUCAUUGGUACGCUGUUGAAACAGUAUGGUGAUUGCUUUCGUGUCUGGCUCGGUACCCAGCUGGCGAUCGUCGUACUCGAUCCAAAGGAUAUUGAGGUAUUGUUGAGCAGUCCAAAAUAUAUCGAUAAAUCAACAGAGUACGACUUUAUACGACCAUGGCUGGGAGAAGGAUUGCUCACGAGUCGUGGACGAAAAUGGCACACACAUCGGAAGGUGAUUACGCCAACGUUUCACUUCAAGAUUCUCGAACAGUUUGUGGAGAUAUUCGAUCGUCAGAGUACAACCUUCAUCAAGAUGUUGCAACCGUUUGCCGAAUCGGGCAAAUCGUUCGACAUCUUCCCACAGGUGACACUGUGCGCAUUGGACGUAAUAUGUGAGUCAGCCAUGGGAACGAAAGUGAAUGCACAGAUCAACUCCACCUCAAGCUAUGUGCUAGCAGUGAAAGAGAUCACCAAUCUCAUUCAGCUGAGAUUUUACGACUUUCUCAUACGGUACGACAUUUUCUUUCGCCUGUCCGCAAACAGUCGGAAGCAAAAGAAGGUGCUAAAGAUUCUGCACGACUACACGGACAGUGUGGUUAAGGGACGGCGUCAGCAGUUGGAAGCUACCGCGCGCAGUGAAGAGAUGGAAGAGACAAGCGAUCAGGAUCUUGGCAUCAAGAAGCGUAUGGCGUUUCUGGACAUGUUGCUCCAAUCGACGGUUGAUGGUCGACCGCUGACGGAUCUGGAGAUACGUGAGGAGGUGGACACGUUCAUGUUCGAGGGACAUGAUACGACGACCUCGGCCAUUAGUUUUCUACUGCUUAGUUUGGCGAAAAAUCCCGACAUUCAGCAGAAAGUGUUUGAUGAGGUGCGAAACAUCGUUGGAGAUGAUCGUACGCGACCCGUCACCAUGCCGAUGCUGAACGAUAUGCACUAUCUGGAUUUGGUGAUCAAGGAAACGCUUCGGUUGUACCCAUCGGUUCCAUUGAUUGGAAGGAAAAUGUUACAAACAACUGAUAUCAAUGGGAAGAUCUUUCCAGCAGGAGCAAAUCUGAUCAUUAUGCCAUUCUUUCUUGGACGUGAUGAGCGCUAUUUCCCCGAUCCGGAACGGUUCGAUCCGGAGCGCUUUAAUGUGGAACGGUCGGCGGAAAAAACGAACCCAUACCAGUACAUCCCGUUCAGUGCGGGGCCACGGAAUUGUAUUGGACAGAAGUUUGCGAUCGCAGAGCUGAAGAGUUUGGUCAGCAAAGUGCUUCGUCAUUACGAGAUUUUACCACCAGCCGACAAGCAGGACGAAUCGUUCAUUGCGGAACUAAUUUUACGGCCCGAGCAUGGUGUGUUUGUCCGCUUGAAACCACGAGUUUAUUAAGAAUUAAGAGGAAUGUGUUUGUUAUGGCCAUAUUUAUUGAAUUUAAACAAAAACGAUCAAAAAAUUGAAAUACCAUUUUUUUAUAUCGAUCUAAUAAGAAUAUAUUGCUAAUG